AUGAAGGCUGUCCUCCAACGGGUCAAGUCGGCCUCCGUCACAGUCGAUAAUCAAUUGAUUUCGUCCAUCGGCCGAGGCAUACUUGUGUUUGCCGGGGUCGGCAAGGAAGACACUGAGAAGGAUGUUGACUCCAUGGCAGCUAAGAUACUGAAAGCUAAACUCUGGCCCGAUGAGACGAAUCCAAAUGCUUCUUGGAAGCGGAAUGUCCAGGAUAUAGAAGGCGAAGUACUGUGUGUAUCGCAAUUCACCCUGUACGGACACCUAAAGAAGGGCAACAAGCCCGACUUCCACAACGCCGCUGAUGUUGAAACUGCCCGCCGGCUCUAUGAUCGCUUUGUUCAAAAAGUCGGCGACCUCUAUAAAGCCGAACGCGUGAAAAAUGGCGUCUUCCAGGCUAUGAUGGAGGUCGAAUUGAAAAAUGAUGGACCGGUGGGUGUUGAUUUCCGCAGCGAGGAUGGAGCGGUAACAAUUGAAAUUACUACGGAUAUGCCCAAGUCCGAGAGCAGCAAAAGCAAUGGGAAAACUCUGAAGACGCAGACGGACGCAAACGGGCAGAAAUAUGUCGAGUUUGAACUUCCGGCGUCGCUCUUGGAGUGA